AUGAAAGAAGUUGUCGUCAGCGAAACUCCGAAGAGAAUCAAAGGGCUGGAGUUUAGCGCCCUAAGCGCUGCCGAUAUCGUCGCUCAAUCGGAAGUGGAAGUCUCUACAAGAGACCUUUUCGAUUUAGAGAAGGAUCGUGCUCCCAAGGCAAAUGGUGCUUUAGACCCUAAGAUGGGUGUCUCAUCCUCCACUCUCGAAUGUGCAACCUGUCACGGCAACCUGGCAUCAUGCCAUGGUCAUUUUGGUCACUUAAAAUUAGCUUUGCCUGUUUUUCAUAUUGGGUACUUUAAGGCUACUAUUCAAAUACUGCAAGGUAUUUGUAAGAAUUGUUCUGCAGUAUUGUUAUCAGAAACAGACAAAAGACAUUUUUUGCAUGAAUUACGUCGUCCAGGCGUGGAUAAUUUAAGGCGUAUGGGUAUUUUGAAAAAGAUUCUAGACCAAUGUAAGAAGCAGAGAAGAUGUUUACACUGCGGUGCCCUUAACGGUGUCGUGAAAAAAGCUGCUGCUGGUGCUGGUUCAGCCGCAUUAAAGAUUAUUCAUGAUACUUUCCGUUGGGUAGGUAAAAAAUCUGCUCCAGAAAAAGAUAUCUGGGUUGGUGAAUGGAAGGAAGUCCUCACUCAUAAUCCAGAAUUAGAGCGUUAUGUGAAACGUUGCAUGGAUGAUUUGAAUCCAUUGAAAACUUUGAAUCUUUUCAAGCAGAUCAAGUCUGCAGAUUGUGAACUGCUCGGUAUAGAUGCCACUAUUCCCUCUGGUAGACCAGAGACCUACAUUUGGAGAUAUUUGCCCGCACCUCCAGUUUGUAUCAGACCUUCCGUUAUGAUGCAAGACUCUCCAGCAUCUAACGAAGACGAUUUGACAGUAAAGCUAACAGAGAUCGUUUGGACUUCGUCUUUGAUUAAAGCCGGCCUUGACAAGGGUAUUUCCAUUAACAACAUGAUGGAACAUUGGGAUUAUUUACAGUUAACUGUCGCAAUGUACAUCAAUUCAGACUCAGUCAAUCCUGCUAUGCUACCGGGUUCAUCCAAUGGUGGUGGAAAAGUGAAGCCAAUUAGAGGCUUCUGUCAAAGGUUAAAAGGUAAGCAAGGUAGAUUCAGAGGUAAUUUGUCUGGUAAGCGUGUCGAUUUUUCCGGCAGAACUGUUAUCUCCCCAGAUCCAAACUUAUCCAUUGACGAGGUUGCUGUCCCAGAUCGUGUAGCAAAGGUCUUGACAUACCCGGAAAAGGUCACCAGGUAUAAUAGGCUGAAAUUGCAAGAGUUAAUUGUAAAUGGGCCAAACGUUCAUCCAGGUGCUAAUUAUUUACUGAAGAGAAAUGAAGAUGCAAGAAGAAAUCUGAGGUACGGUGAUCGUAUGAAGCUGGCCAAAAACUUACAAAUUGGUGAUGUUGUUGAAAGGCAUUUAGAAGAUGGUGAUGUGGUUUUAUUCAAUCGUCAACCAUCCCUACAUAGGCUGUCGAUCUUAUCACAUUAUGCCAAGAUUCGUCCAUGGAGAACUUUUAGAUUGAACGAGUGUGUCUGCACACCUUAUAAUGCGGAUUUUGACGGUGACGAAAUGAAUUUACACGUUCCACAAACUGAAGAAGCUCGCGCAGAAGCCAUUAAUUUGAUGGGUGUGAAAAACAAUCUGUUAACUCCCAAAUCAGGGGAACCCAUCAUUGCCGCUACCCAAGAUUUUAUCACCGGUUCAUAUUUAAUAUCACAUAAAGACUCCUUUUAUGAUCGUGCCACGUUGACCCAAUUAUUGUCUAUGAUGUCAGAUGGUAUCGAACAAUUUGACGUCCCGCCUCCGGCUAUCAUGAAACCUUAUUAUUUGUGGACUGGUAAACAAGUUUUUUCACUUUUAAUAAAACCAAAUCAUAAUUCUCCAGUCGUAAUUAACUUGGACGCAAAAAACAAAGUGUUCGUACCUCCAAAAUCAAAAUCUCUACCAAGUGAAAUGUCCCAAAAUGAUGGGUUUGUAAUCAUCAGAGGUUCACAGAUUUUAAGUGGGGUGAUGGAUAAAUCAGUUUUGGGUGACGGUAAAAAGCAUUCUGUAUUUUAUACAAUAUUGAGAGAUUACGGUCCACAAGAGGCCGCAAAUGCUAUGAAUAGAAUGGCAAAGUUGUGUGCAAGGUUCUUAGGCAACAGAGGGUUUUCUAUUGGUAUUAAUGACGUUACACCUGCUGAUGAUUUGAAGCAAAAGAAGGAAGAACUUGUUGAAAUUGCAUAUCGUAAGUGUGACGAAUUAAUCACGCUAUUCAAUAAAGGCGAAUUAGAAACACAACCUGGUUGUAAUGAAGAACAAACUUUGGAAGCCAAGAUUGGUGGGUUUUUGUCUAAAGUCAGAGAAGAAGUCGGUGAUGUUUGUAUUAAUGAGCUGGAUAAUUGGAAUGCGCCAUUAAUUAUGGCUACUUGUGGUUCUAAAGGUUCCACAUUAAAUGUUUCUCAAAUGGUGGCUGUCGUCGGUCAACAAAUUAUUUCUGGUAAUCGUGUCCCCGAUGGUUUCCAGGAUCGUUCCUUACCACAUUUUCCUAAGAAUUCAAAAACUCCGCAAUCUAAAGGUUUUGUCAGAAACUCUUUUUUUUCAGGUUUAUCCCCUCCAGAAUUUCUGUUCCAUGCCAUUUCCGGUCGUGAAGGUUUGGUCGACACAGCCGUCAAAACCGCAGAGACUGGUUACAUGUCUCGUAGAUUAAUGAAGUCCUUGGAAGAUCUGUCUUGUCAAUACGACAAUACAGUCAGAACUUCUGCCAAUGGUAUUGUCCAAUUCACAUAUGGUGGUGAUGGUUUGGAUCCAUUAGAAAUGGAAGGUAACGCACAACCAGUUAAUUUCAAUAGAAGUUGGGACCACGCAUACAACAUCACUUUCAAUAACGAAGAUGAAGGUUUGUUGCCAUAUGCUAUCAUGAAGACUGCGAACGAAAUAUUAAGACCAUUAGAAGAGAGGCUGGUCAGAUACGAUAAUAGAGGAAGCUUAGUUAAAGAGGAAGACAAGGACAGAGCCGAAUAUGUAGACCAGUAUGAUGCCGAAAGAGAUUUUUAUCGUUCAUUAAGGGAAUAUAUUAAUUUGAAAGCCACUGCUUUGGCUAACUUGAGGAAAUCCAGAGGAAUGUUCGAACAGCUGGAACCUCCAGAAAAAGAAUUAGAAGGUAUUGAUUUGGAUGAGGCUGUUCCUGAUAAUGUCAGGACCUCUGUGAGCCAACUUUACAGAAUUAGUGAAAAAUCAGUGAGAAAGUUUUUGGAGAUUGCUCUUUUUAAAUACCGUAAGGCAAGACUUGAACCAGGAACUGCAAUUGGUGCCAUUGGUGCUCAAUCUAUUGGUGAACCAGGUACACAAAUGACAUUGAAAACUUUUCAUUUUGCUGGUGUGGCUUCCAUGAAUGUUACGUUAGGUGUGCCACGUAUCAAAGAAAUUAUUAAUGCCUCUAAAUCUAUUUCUACGCCUAUUAUUAAUGCCGUGCUAGUUAAUGAUAAUGAUGAAAGAGCUGCUAGGGUUGUUAAGGGUAGAGUGGAAAAGACACUGUUAUCUGACGUAGCUUACUAUGUCCAAGACGUUUACAAAGACAACUUAUCAUUUAUCCAGGUGCGUAUCGAUUUAAGUACCAUCGACAAACUACAAUUGGAGUUGACCAUAGAAGACAUCGCCAUUGCCAUAACCAGGGCUUCUAAAUUAAAAAUACAGGCUUCCGAUGUCAAUAUUAUUGGUAAAGACCAAAUCGCAAUCAACGUAUUCCCAGAAGGAUACAAGGCAAAGUCUAUAUCCACAUCGGCGAAAGAACCAAGUGAGAAUGACGUUUUUUACAGGAUGCAACAAUUACGUCGUGCUCUACCUGAUGUUGUCGUGAAGGGUUUGCCUGAUAUUUCUCGUGCGGUUAUUAAUAUUCGUGAUGACGCCAAGAGAGAAUUGCUGGUUGAAGGUUAUGGUCUGCGAGAUGUUAUGUGUACAGAUGGUGUUAUUGGUUCUAAAACUACAACUAAUCAUGUUUUGGAAGUUUUCUCCGUUUUGGGUAUUGAAGCUGCAAGGUAUAGUAUCAUUAGAGAAAUUAACUAUACUAUGAGCAAUCACGGUAUGAGUGUCGAUCCACGUCAUAUCCAACUAUUAGGUGACGUGAUGACAUACAAAGGUGAAGUACUAGGUAUUACAAGGUUUGGUUUGAGUAAAAUGAGAGACUCUGUUUUACAGCUAGCUUCUUUCGAAAAGACAACAGACCAUUUGUUCGAUGCGGCCUUUUAUAUGAAGAAGGACGCCGUUGAAGGUGUUUCUGAAUGUAUCAUUUUGGGCCAAACAAUGUCAAUCGGUACUGGUUCAUUCAAAGUUGUAAAAGGCACUAAUAUAUCUGAAAAGGACUUGGUACCAAAGCCUUGUCUAUUCGAAAGUCUUUCAAACGAAGCGGCUUUAAAGGCCAACUAA